AUGUGCCCUUGCCCCCUGCACCGCGGUCGCGGCCCCCCGGCGGUGUGCGCCUGCAGCUCCGGCCGCCUCGAGCAGCGCGCGGCAGCCGCGGCACAGCUCACGGCCGCCCGCCUCAAGGCGCUCGGGGACGAGCUGCAGGAGCGGACCAUGUGGCGGCGCCGGGCGCGGAGCCGGCGGGCCGCAGCCGAGGCGGCGGGCAGCGGCGGCGGGUUCCCCGCCUACUGGGUUUGGCUGUGCGCGGCCGCUCAGGUGGCGGCGCUGGCGGCCUGGCUGCUCCGGAGGAGGAACCUGUAG